AUGUUGCAGGCAAAUUGGACCUCCGUAACACGUUUUCUCUUCCUGGGAUUUUCCUCCUACCCCAAAGUUGAGAUCAUCGUAUUUGUGUUGUGCCUGCUGAUGUUCCUGACCACGUUACUGGGCAACAUUAUUCUGAUCUCCAUCACCUUCCUGGAUUCUCGCCUGCACACCCCCAUGUACUUCUUCCUCAGCAACCUCUCCCUUCUGGACAUCUGGUACACCUCUUCUGCUCUCACUCCAAUGCUGGGAAAUUUUGUUACAGGGAAAAACACCAUCUCAUUCUCAGGAUGCGCUACACAGAUGUACUUCUCUCUGGCUAUGGGCUCCACAGAGUGUGUGCUCCUGUCCAUGAUGGCAUACGACCGGUAUGUGGCCAUUUGCAACCCCCUGAGAUAUUCCAUCAUCAUGAGCAGGAGGGUAUGUUUGCAGCUGGCCGCUGGCUCCUGGGUGACAGGCUGCCUGACUGCCCUGGUGGAAAGUAUGUCGGUGCUGCAGCUGUCUCUCUGUGGGAAUCACAUCAUCAAUCAUUUCACUUGUGAAAUUCUGGCGAUCUUGAAACUGGUUUGUGUGGACACCUCCACGGCACAGUUAGUCAUGCUGGUGAUCAGCAUCCUUCUCCUUCCCAUGCCGAUGCUCCUUAUUUGUGUCUCGUAUGCCUUCAUCCUCUCCAACAUCCUGAGGAUCAGCUCCGUGGAUGGCCGAAGCAAAGCCUUUUCAACAUGUGCAGCCCACCUGACGGUGGUCAUUCUGUUCUAUGGGACAGCUCUCUCCAUGUACCUGAAGCCAUCAGCUGUGGAUUCGCAGGAAAUUGAUAAGUUCAUGGCUUUGGUGUAUGCUGGGCUGACCCCCAUGUUGAACCCUAUCAUCUACAGUCUACGAAACAAAGAGGUCAAGGGGGCUGUUCAAAAGUUGCUCAUUAGAAAUCCUUUUGGUACUAUCUUAAUUUCUAUACUCAGAUAA